AUGUUGACCAUCAAGCUCCCCACCCUGCAGGGUUGCUCUCUCAUCAGCGGCUCUUCCGCGGGGUUGGGCGCCGCCAUCGCUCGCGAGCUGUUCAACCGCGGAGCAUCCGUGGUCAUCAACUAUCCCAAGCAAAGUGAGAAGGCCAACGCAGAGAACCUUGUCAAGAGCCUUGGAGCGAAGGACCGAGCCGUCGCUGUAGAAGCAGACCUUUCAACCCUGGAGGGGCCGCGGGUGCUCGCUGAUGCGGCGGCUCAGGCCUUUGGCAAGAUCGACAUCCUUGUCAACAGCGCCGGCAUCAACCGUCCGACACUUCUCGACGACCCCAAUGAUGCCAAGGCUGACAAGACGUGGCAUGAUAUCAUCUACCUUAAUGCCCGAGGCGUCUUCUUCCUGACCCGCGCUGUGCUUAGGUACCUUUCGCGCGAGAACUCACGCAUCAUCAACAUUGGCAGUUCAGUAUCCUGCACACCGGGGCCAGAAUCGAGCAUCUACGCAGGCACCAAGGGCCUCAUCGAGGUCUACACCCAGUGCUGGGCAACAGAGCUGCCUCGUAAGUAUGGAUGCACCGUCAACGGCGUGACCCCUGGCCCUGUCGGCACAGAUGCCUUCUACGCUGCUCCCAGCGCCGUCAGAGAAGCACUGCAGCCCAUGGUCGACGCUACACCUGUCGCCGCACGCGUGGGUACGCCAGAGGAGAUUGCAUGGGCCGUUCCAACCUUGGCUGAAGACAAGGCUGGCUGGUUCAACGGCGCGUACAUACCCAUCAGUGGUGGAUCUAGCAUAUUUUAG